UUCUCAGCUUGGAAGAGGCAUUGUCAUGUAUUUCACCGAUUCUCGAAUAUUCUUCAAGAGGUACUUUCUCGACAAGUUCUACGAAUGCGGUUGGUGAUUCGCCGUUGGCAGUAUUGAUUUGGGAAAAAUUUUUCGAUGAAGUAAAUGAAUAUCGCUUCGAUCAACAGCCAAGAUUCGAGAAACCGCAAUUUGAUGAUAGAUAUAGUCUACGCAACGAAGAAGACGUUCGCGGUGGUUUUAAUUCAAACAUUUGUAUGGUAUUGAACGUUCUUAUAGGACCAGAUUAUAAAUUUUUGAGGGAGAGUGUUCCUUCUUCUGGCGAACUAGAUUUCAGUUGCUAUCAUGAUUACAAUAAUUUACAUAAAUUAAUCCUGGCAAUCGAGAUCAAGAGAGUACAUAUUUUAAAAGGCAUCAAUGGACAGACAUUACCAGAGUUUUAUGAAACAAAUUCUAAUGCAAAGAAGGUAAUUCAGCAAGUUUAUAACUAUAUGACCGAUAACCAACUUCAAUAUUCUAUACUUUCCACCUAUGAUCACCACUGGUUUAUACGUCGACCGAGUGAGGCGCCAGCAACGCUUUAUAUUUCAGAAACGCUUCCAUUACCUUCUCCACUCGUACUCAAAGCUUAUGCAUAUAUAGCUUUGCAAGCAAGAAAAAACUCAAAUAAAGCAUCAUCUUCCAGCACCUCGGCAAAUCUGCCAAAUCAACGGAAUUUUAGCUUGGCGGACUUUAAGUUUAAGCGUAUAUUAGGCCAAGGACGAAGUGGAAAGACACUCCUAUCUGAAUUCC